AUCCAAUGUCAAAUUGACAAUCGGCCAUUGUCAAACACAAAAACGGACACGUAUUCCCAUCAAUAUUUGGUUAUUUUCCCUAUUUAAUACUAUUUUCGUGGAUUUAAAAGAUUAUCAGUGGAGUGGAAGUGAUUAUUUAAACUAUUCCAACUUGGCGUCGUGCUAUAAAUAAGCUAGCAGCAUGGGGGGCGUGGAGCAAUCCUGUUACACUCUCAUCAACUUCCCAACUGAUGCAGAGCCCUACAAUGAACUGCAACUCAAGAUUGACUUGGAGAGAGGUGAUAUCAAGAAGAAGAUUGAGGCUUUAAAGAAGGUCAUUGGUAUCAUUCUCUCUGGGGAGAAGAUACCCGGUAUCCUCAUGGUCAUCAUCAGGUUUGUGCUGCCACUGCAAGACCACACCAUCAAAAAGCUGCUGUUGAUCUUCUGGGAGAUCGUCCCGAAGACCACCCCCGACGGCAAGCUGCUGCAAGAGAUGAUCCUUGUCUGUGACUCAUACAGGAAGGACCUGCAACACCCGAACGAGUUCAUCCGCGGCUCCACCCUCCGGUUCCUGUGCAAGCUGAAGGAGCCCGAGCUGCUGGAGCCGCUGAUGCCGGCGAUCAGGGCCUGCCUCGAGCACCGGCACUCGUAUGUGCGGAGGAAUGCCGUGCUGGCUAUAUUUACCAUCUACCGAAACUUCGACUUCCUCAUCCCGGACGCUCCAGAGCUGAUCGGCAAGUUCUUAGAGACGGAACAGGACAUGUCGUGCAAACGGAAUGCCUUCCUGAUGCUGCUACAUGCAGAACAGGAGCGAGCAUUGAGCUACCUGGCGGAUAGACUGGAUAGUGUGGCUGGGUUCGGGGAUAUAUUGCAGCUGGUUAUUGUGGAGCUCAUUUAUAAGGUGUGCCACGCGAACCCGUCGGAACGCUCGCGUUUCAUCCGCACAGUGUAUGGCCUGCUGAACGCGCCCAGCGCCGCGGUUCGGUACGAGGCGGCCGGCACGCUGGUCACGCUGUCUACCGCGCCUGCCGCUAUUAAGGCGGCAGCAUCCUGCUACAUCGACCUCAUAGUCAAAGAGUCCGACAACAACGUGAAACUAAUCGUGCUCUCUCGGCUCGGAGCCCUGCGACAGAACGAGGCGGCGGCGCGCGCGCUGCCCGCGCUCGCCAUGGACGUGCUGAGGGUGUUGCAAUCAGCUGAUUUGGAUGUGCGCGCGCAGGCUCUACAACUAGCCCUGGACCUCGUAACCCCCCGGCACGCGGACGAGCUGGUGCAAGUCCUGCGCAAGGAGGCGGCGCGCGCCACCAGCGCCGACAGCGACCACGCCGCCCAGUACCGCCAGCUGCUGGUGCGCGCGCUGCACAAGGCCGCGCUGCAGGUGAGUGCUGCUGGUUCUACACGCAGUGACGUCACGCGAGGAGGCGCCGACAGCGACCACGCCGCCCAGUACCGCCAGCUGCUGGUGCGCGCGCUGCACAAGGCCGCGCUGCAGUUCCCAGAAGUGGCCGGCAGCGUGGCGCCCGCGCUGCUGGAGCUGCUCGGGGACGGCAGCGAGCCGGCCGCGCCCGACGUGCUGCUGUUCACUAGAGAGGCUCUGCAGACCUUCCCGGACCUCCGGGGGCAGAUCUACCAGCGUCUCCUAGACUCAAUCGGCAACAUCAAGGUGGGCAAGGUGGCCCGUUCAGCUCUGUGGCUACUCGCGCAAUUCGCGGACACGGAGGCGCGCGCCGAGGCCGCCCUGGCCGCCGUGGCCGCCUGCGUGCCUACUAUAGGGGGGGAGCAAGAGCAGACGGAGGAUUCCGCAGCGAAGCAGGAGGCGACCGCGGCGCCGCGGCAGCUGGUCACUAGUGAUGGGACCUACGCGUCGCAGUCCGCCUUCAACCUGCCCUCGUCCGCCGCCUCUGCAUCAACAUCCACCAACAACCUCCGCUCAGCGCUCACGUCAGGCGACUCGUUCACGGCCGCCUGCGCCUGCUCCGCGCUGGCCAAGCUGUCGCUCAAGCAGGCCACUGUGAGGGACGCCAACAGGGCGCUGCACCUCGCUGCUAGGCUACUGGCUCAUUAUAAGAUUAAUGCUGGCAACGGCACAACCCUAACAGCGGACGACAUAGAGCACGCGGCACUCUGCGCCCGGCUCAGCUCGCGACGCCCCAAGGCUCUAUUAGGAGCCGCCAUCGAUGGCAGUGGAGAGGCACUUAAAGCACUGCUGAAGGAGACUGCUGCUGAUGAUGUGGCUGCCAAGGAGCGCGAAGCAGCGUCAGCCAAGCGCACAGUGGACGUAGAAGAAGGCAUCGUGUUCUCGCAACUGGCGGGCGCGGGCGCCGCCAACACGCACCACGACAUCUUCGAGGUGUCGCUGUCCAAGGCGCUGGACGGUCGCUCCGGGCAAGGAGAGGACAAAGGCAAGCUGUCCAAGGUCACGCAGCUGACAGGAUUCUCCGACCCCGUGUACGCGGAGGCCAUCGUGGCCGUCAACCAGUACGACAUCGUGCUCGACGUGCUGGUGGUUAACCAGACCGACGAUACGCUCCAGAACUGCACAGUGGAGCUGGCCACACUAGGAGACCUGCGAUUGGUGGAGCGGCCCGCCUCGGUGGUGUUAGCCCCGCGAGACUACGCCACCAUAAAGGCACACGUCAAGGUGGCGUCCACGGAGAACGGGAUCAUAUUUGGGAAUAUUGUGUACGAAGUGACGGGCGCGUCCAUGGACCGAGGAGUCGUGGUGCUGAACGACAUCCACAUCGACAUCGUGGACUACAUCCAGCCGGCCGCGUGCAGCGACGCCGACUUCCGCUCAAUGUGGGCCGAGUUCGAGUGGGAGAACAAGGUCUCCGUGAACACCAACAUCACAGACCUGAAGGAAUACCUGCAGCACCUCCUCGCUUCUACCAACAUGAAGUGUCUCACGCCAGAAAAGGCGCUCUCCGGUCAAUGCGGCUUCAUGGCGGCCAACAUGUACGCUAGAUCCAUCUUCGGUGAAGACGCUUUAGCCAACCUGAGCAUUGAACGAGCGCUCAACAAGCCCGACGCACCGGUCGUGGGUCAUGUGAGGAUACGAGCUAAGAGCCAGGGUAUGGCUUUAAGCCUCGGCGACAAGAUCAACAUGAUGCAGAAGGCUGCCCACAAGCCGUCGGCCUCCCCGCCGACGCCCGCCGCCUGAUGCCACGGCCCGAGGAAAGGUAAAGGGAACGCCGGAUAGUUGACCGACGCACCACGGCGGCCCAAACUGGUGCUGGUGGUGCGAAUACUGAAUGUAGACUUUGCGUAAGUGUCAUGUUUGGUGAAGUGGAUUUAGUUCUAGUGCUUUUUUGAUGUCGGUUCCCUAUCGUGGCGAGAUUGAUAUUGAUAUGAAUUUAUUAGAAUUUUGUUUUUGUUUAGAUUUUAUGUCUGUUUAAAAUUUAUAAGAUGGUGUCAUUGUAUAAAUUUAAUGAUGAUACGGGAUUGCGAAAACAUUUUUA